AUGGACGAGGUGUUUGUGAGGUCAGCUCCCCACGGGCCGGGCCGCUCCGGGCUGGACGACACCAGCCUGGCUUUGCCGGCCGGGCCCGCUGCCGAGCGGAGCCUGCGGGUCCAGCAGCAGGUCCAGCUCACACUGGCGAGGAGGGCGAGGAUGAGCCAGAGCAACGGUGGUGUCCACUUACAGAGGAACGCAGCACAGAGCUUUGAUGCUGCAGAUGGACAUUUACCAAACAUGAAGAUGAAUGGAUUGACCUCCACUAGCUGCUCUCUGUAUAGCAGCCACGUGCAGAGACCGACCAGGAGGGUGGAGGUGUCUCCUCCGCAGACCCCACGAUUACCUCGGGCCCCCUUCAGCCACAGCCCCCUGCGGUUCGGCACGUACACGUUCCCCGGACCCGGUCAGCCUCAGAGGACGGGCACGCCUCACCACCGCUCGUACAGGAACGACUCACCCUUGCGCUACGCCUUCUCAGAUGCGCCUCAUGGAACGCGGCCGCACACGUCCACAACUGCAGGCAGGAGCUUCCGCCAGGGUUUACAGAGGAAGACGUCAGGGCCUCAGCCCGGGUUUGCAAACGCAGCGUUUCAGCAGAGCGGGGGGUACGGCCCUCGCUGGAGUCAAAACCGAGCUGAGAGACGCAACGUGCAGGAGAGAGGUGGCGAUCAGGGGCUGUCGUGGUUGGCUCAGGGCGGGAGGAACGCUCAGCCCCUCCGCAGGCUGAACUCGUACCCGCCCACGGUCACCAGCAUGGAGGUGGACAUGGGCAGGAAGGUGGAAGUAGACGUCCCCGUUCAGCAGAUACAGACGCAGAAUGUCAUGACACUGACGUCGGCGAACAAGCCUCCGGAGAUGACGCUGGAUAAGGCCGUGGGUCUCUUGACGCAGGAGAACGAGGAAACGCUGAUCUACGCAGCCAGCCACAUUCAGAAUCAAUGUUUCAAGAGCGCAGAGGCCAAGAAGAUGGUGUACUUUCUGCAUGGGAUCGGCAAGCUGCUGCAGCUCCUCCACAGCGACAGUGAGGAGGUGCAGCGCGUCGCCGCCGGCUCGCUGCGCAACGUGGUGUACCAGAGCAGCGAGAACAAGAUGGAGGUGAAGGAGAGCGACGGCAUAGCCACCAUAUUGGGCGUGCUGAAGAGCAGCCGGGACAUUGAGACCCGACGACAACUCGCAGGGCUCCUGUGGAACCUCUCCUCUCACGACCUGCUGAAGGAGCUUCUCUCCAGACAGGCCUUAUCUGUCCUCACCCAGUCUAUCCUCGUGCCCAGCUCGGGCAUCUCCGAGGGCGAGAACCCAAAAGACGAGCUCCUCGCCGACUCUGAGGUCUUCCACUUUGCCACAGGCUGCCUGCGGAACCUGAGCUCUGCGGGUCCGGACGGCAGGAAGGCGAUGAGGCACUGCGAGAAUCUUAUCGACUCUCUGGUCUACUACAUCCGGGGAACCAUCGCCGACUACAAGACGGAUGACAAGUCCACAGAGAACUGCGUCUGCAUCCUGCACAACCUCUCUUACCAGAUGGAGGCGGAGCUUCCUAAAGCCUUCCCCCCGGACCUCAGAGGGUCUCGACGAAGCCUGGCUCCCGAGCCAAAGAGCGUCAGCUGCUUCCCUCAACGCAGCGCCAAGAUCAUAGAGAUUCUGGAGCGUCAGUGCCCCCUGCUGGAGGAGAAGGCCAACCCACGUGGCGCGGAGUGGCUGUGGAGCGCCAUCACUGUGCGCAUGUACCUGUCGCUGAUCGCCCGCAGCGUCCGCCCGGCCACCCAGGAGGCCGCUGUCGGAGCCCUGCAGAACAUCACGGCUGGGAGCGGAGCGGUGUCUGAAGCCAUCGCUUUCACUGUUGUCCAGCGGGAGAACGGUCUUCAUCACGUGAAGAACAUGCUGCAGGAGAAAGAGAGCGAGGUGAAGAAGAAGGCCGUGUGCCUCAUUAAAAACCUCUCUCACCACCAUGAACUGCAUCCUGACAUCGUGAAGCAGGUGUUGCCGGAGGUGGUGGCGAUGCUGCCCAACGACGACUCGGGCACCGACCUGCCCACUGAGGUGACGGCCUCUCUGUGUCACAUCCUGAUCAACCUGUGUCAGAGCAGCCUGCAGAAUGUCAGAGCCAUCGUCCACCAGGGGGCGCUGCCCAAGAUCAUCAACAUCAGCAGCAGGGAUGGCGGUUAUGGACCCAACAGAGCCGCUCAGGCUGCGUGUGCCCUGCUGCACACCAUGUGGAAAUACACUGAUCUCCAUGGAGCCUACAAGAAGUGCGGCUACAGGAAAACUGAUUUCAUCAAUCCGAGAACGACAAAGGCUGUGAGCUCUGGAAGGAACUGAACCCGAGAUGCUCGUGCACAGUACAUCAUGUUCCAGGCUGCACUACUUCACAGUAUCAGAGCUUUUACUCACAAGUCAGUCGUUGCACUAUUUCCCUUCAUUUGUGUCACAGUUAAUAGAAGAUGCUUUUCUCAACACUGCGGACGAAAAAUCGUAAAACUACGUCUGUAUUUCCGGUUGAUGUCUCAUGAAAUGGGUCAAAACCUUUAUUUGUGUGAUUCAAUGUAGAGAGUAGAUGUCAGUGUUUAUGUAGGGAAAGAACAAACAUGGUUUUUAGAAUGUUUGUAAAUGUGGAAAUAGGGAAUAGAGUCAAUUUAAACACAACAUAAAAAAAUAAUAUUUGCAGCCGCUGUCUUUGUGCCUCAUGCUCAUACAAACUAAUGAAUUAACAAACUUUCAUCGAAAAUGUAACAUCUCUCCAACAAUAAUAACAGCAAUGAAUAAACAUUCCUUAACUUUUUUCCAGUUUAUUUAAUAGUGGCAGCUUGUUGGUCAGUUUAUGGUUUUGCUGUGUGUUAAAAAAUGUUGCACUUCAGGUUAUUAUAAGAAAAAACCACAAUGAAACACAAACUAAAUGUUAAAACCAAAAUCCAAUGAUGAAGAUCAACCUGUAUAUAUGUCAUGUAUAUGAAUGUAUUUUAAGACUUCCUCCUGUAAAAAAAGCUGCUCUCCUGCUUUCUGCCUUAUUGAGGGUUCCUCAAAUGAAUAAACGGUUUUAAAUACA